UGUGGUAUUUUGUAUCUCACUUUAUUCACUGAAAGGUGAAACCUUAAAAAAUCAAGAUCAGAGAAACCCAACAGCUCGCACUAGUUUCUGUUCGUGCAUUAAAAUUAUCCGUGUUCUGUUCGGAUCUCUUACCAAAGCAGCUAAAAACAACUUUAUCAUGUAAGCAAUUUUUUUAGCUGCUUCGGAGUUUAAUAGCUUGAGAGGGGUGAUGUGUUCAAAGCAUUUGAAUGUGGUUCAGUAAAGCUUGGAAACGUGUCACAUCAGGUAUAAAGCUAAUAUCUUGGGGUUUUUCCCAGGCACACAUUCCUGUUGGUGUUGGGAAUACACUACUAACACACUUAAAACUGAGAAUUAGAUUUUUUACUGCUUUGACUUCUAGAUUUGCUGGAAGACCCUACUGUAUGCACUUUAGGUCCAACUGCAAUUGCUUACAGAAAAGACCAGUGCAUUUUCAUAGUAUUCUCUGAUUGGAUGGGUGAACUUCCAUCUUGGUAAUAUUUGGUUUAUCUCUUGUUAGUUUCUUUUCUCCUGUAAGAGAUGGAGCAGUAUUGUGAGUAAUGAGAAAUGUCCUGGUGACUACUUUAUCAUUAUAAUUCAAAGAUUUCCUUGGAGGCUGCUUUUAAGUUCUGUAGCUGAGUUGCAACAGAUACUUGCUCAAUGGUAGUCUGACAAGCAAUAACAAAAGUAUUCCGAAUGUUUUUAUUCCGAGUUGAAGAGAAUAUUUUGUUGGUGAUAAGAACUAACAAAUUUAGUCCUGGCAGCCUUUCUGUAAGGCACAAUAGGAAUAGGACUGAGCAGGGUUCCACGUGAGCUGGUGUGCAUUAGCAAGAAGACAACUCCCUUUUUAACCCUCAACCUUCAGAGGCCAUUGGGGCAGAGACCAUGCCCAGGAGCUUUAUUAUGUUGGCCAUUGUGAAGCCUCGCUGGGGAAAGCACCUUCAGAAGGGGACUCCUACUUUCCAUUACUUUGGAAAGCUUAUCCCUUUCCUCCCUAACAAUUCCUGAAGCUUUAUUUUGCCAUACAGCUAGUUUGUAAAAAGCCCUUGAAGUGUUAAUGUUCUGUUUCAUACCUCCCUUAUAUGACUUAAAAAACUGAACAGCUCAGUUAAAGUACUUAAUAUCCUAAUACCUCUUAAGUCAAACUCAUGUUUGAUUUAAAGGAUUUCAAGAGCAGGUUUUAGCAUUGUGUAGAGAGGAACAGAAGAUAAUAAGUAACUUUAAAUUUACUUAAUAAAACCUUUACAAUUGUUAGUGCAUUUAAUUUUGAUGCUUGUGAUUUCACAGUUGCAUUUAAUUUGAAGCCGGAUUUUAACAUGAACUUACGUUUAAGAAUUUCCGCUUUGAGUAACAGCAUAUAUUGCUCAUUAGUAGAGACCUGCCUGCCUUUCCAUAUGCAGGAACAAAAUUUGGAGGAAGAAAACUUUUUUAAAAAAGCCCACAACCCAAACAAACAAACCUCUCACAGAAAUACACAUAAUCUUGUGAAUAUGUAUGCUUUUAAAUGCUGCACAAGUAUCGUUUUACUGAAGUAUGUUAUGUAGUUAACAGUAUUGCCUUUUGGCUAGUGCAGUAAAGCUUCAAGCAACAUCCAAAGUAGUAAUGAAUAUUGGCCAGAGAUACCAGUACAUUAAUAUUAGGACUAACUAAAGGAUCCUAGAAAAUUUUAUAGAAAAAAGGCCAAAAGGAACAUAAUUCUUUCUGUUGGAAUGUGUACGUAUGGGUUCAUUCACUGAGCUUAUCUUGUAAAAGACUUCCUAUUUGUAGUGGCACAUACACUACAUAGUGUACAAAUCAGUAAUCAAAUAGAUCAUGUGGGAGCAAAAGUAAUGUAGAUGCUUAGUUCUGCACACUGCUGAGGAUCAGCAGUUCUUGGUAUUGCAAAGGUAGCAUCAGUAAGGGGUUCUUGGAUUACUCACAGUGGAAAGUAUUUUUUUAAUACAGGAACAUUCUCUAGUGUUCCGUGCUUCUGGAUACCUGACUACAAGAGAUUACAUAUCAGAAAUAAGCAGCAAUAACUAGUAAGCAGUAACUAAUAAGAAGUAUUGGCAAAAUUAAAUGUUUUGGGGGUUAAAAGUCCAGAGAAACAGAAUUUAUUUAGUGGGUUUGGGUAUCAAAGGUGGAAUUUGCUUGCUGUGUAUCAGUUGUAUUCACGUUAGUUUUGUCAGACAGUAAUAGAUACAGGUUUGCUACAGAUUUUAGCAUUAGUUUGUGAAGUGAGCUUGAUAGGGAUAGCAGAUGUUUCUUUUGCUGCUCUUUUUAAUCUUUAUCUAUGUAGGCUGAGGCUUUUUAUUCUACCCAUUUAAAUACUUUAGGGAGGUUUUUUUUGGUUUUUUUUUUUACUUUAACCCGUUUCUUCCUGUAAAGCCACACCUGUGCAUUGCACCCAGAGAAGGCCCUGUGUCACAGGAACUGGGGUAAGUACUGACUUAUCCAACCUGUUUUCUAGGUUUCCUAGAUCUAAAAGAAAGGCUGAGUUAGAGUACCCUUCCAAAAUGGCUGCUAUUAAGGAAGAGAGAGAAGUGGAAGACUACAAGAGGAAAGGAAGACGAUCCUCACAGCAGAAAUACCGUAGACUGAAUAAGGGCCAUGAGCCAAAGGAGCCAGAGCAGUUGAGAAAGCUGUUCAUUGGAGGUCUGAGCUUUGAAACAACAGAUGAUAGCUUGAGAGAGCACUUUGAGAAAUGGGGCACACUCACAGACUGUGUGGUGAUGAGAGACCCACAAACAAAACGUUCCAGAGGCUUUGGCUUUGUGACUUACUCAUGUGUGGAGGAGGUGGAUGCUGCCAUGAGCGCUCGACCACAUAAGGUUGAUGGACGCGUGGUUGAACCAAAGAGAGCAGUUUCAAGGGAGGAUUCUGUAAAGCCUGGGGCACACCUCACAGUAAAGAAAAUAUUUGUUGGUGGAAUUAAAGAAGAUACAGAAGAAUAUAAUUUAAGGGAGUACUUUGAAAAAUAUGGCAAGAUUGAAACCAUAGAGGUCAUGGAAGACAGGCAGAGUGGAAAGAAGAGAGGCUUCGCUUUUGUAACUUUUGAUGAUCAUGAUACAGUUGAUAAAAUUGUUGUUCAGAAAUACCAUACUAUAAAUGGACACAACUGUGAAGUGAAAAAAGCACUCUCAAAACAAGAAAUGCAGACUGCUAGCUCUCAGAGAGUGAAAUAUUUUGUAGGUCGUGGGGGUGGCUCAGGCAACUUCAUGGGCCGUGGAAACUUCGGAGGCGGUGGAGGGAAUUUUGGCCGAGGAGGAAACUUUGGUGGGAGAGGAAAACAUUCUCAUCUGUUUUGUGUUCUAGGAGGCUAUGGGGGUGGUGGUGGCGGUGGUGGGAGCAGAGGAAGCUUUGGGGGUGGUGACGGAUACAAUGGAUUUGGUGAUGGUGGUAACUAUGGAGGUGGUCCUGGCUAUGGCAGCAGAGGAGGUUAUGGUGGUGGUGGAGGACCAGGAUAUGGAAACCCAGGUGGUGGAUAUGGAGGUGGAGGAGGAGGAUAUGAUGGCUACAAUGAAGGAGGAAAUUUUGGUGGUGGUAAUUAUGGUGGAAGUGGAAACUACAAUGAUUUUGGCAAUUACAGUGGACAACAGCAGUCUAACUAUGGUCCCAUGAAAGGUGGUGGCAGCUUUGGUGGCAGAAGUUCAGGCAGUCCCUAUGGUGGUGGCUAUGGAUCUGGAAGUGGAAGUGGGGGCUAUGGUGGUAGAAGAUUCUAAAAAUGCUACUAGAAAAAGGGCUACAGUUCUUAGCAGGAGAGAGAGCGAGGAGUUGUCAGGAAAGCUGCAGGUUACUUUGAGACAGUCGUCCCAAAUGAAUUAGAGGAACUGUAAAAUCUGCCACAGAAGGAACGAUGAUCCAUAGUCAGAAAAGUUACUGCAGCUUAAACAGGAAACCCUUCUUGAUCAGGACUGUCAUAGCCACAGUUUGCAAAAAGUGCAGCUAUUGAUUCAUGCAAUGUAGUGUCGAUUAGAUGUACAUUCCUGAGGUCUUUCUCUGUUGUAGCUUUGUCUUUCUUUUUUCUUUUUAUUUUCCCAUUACAUCAGGUAUAUUGCCCUGUAAAUUGUGGUAGUGGUACCAGGAAUAAACAAAUCAAUGAAUUUUUAACUUUUCAAUAUUUGUGUAGUUCAGUUUUUCCACAUUUAGUGCAGAGAUCUCUAUAACAGAAAUGAAAUGUAGUUUAGGGUGUUUCCUUGUUAGUUAAUAGAGAAGAUAAAUGCAUUUUUCAAUUACUAUUUUGUAUUAAUUUAAAGUUAACAAUAGAAACACCUAUUGAUUUGCAGUCUUAAGGGGUCUAGUCUCAGUGUAUAUACGUAACUGUCAUUGACAUGAGUUUCAUAGGCAUACAGAGGGAAAACAUCUGUAUGUUACAUUAUAGUUUGUUUAGAUGUAUAACUAGGAUUGAGUUACUCAAAUUAGUGUUUGUGAAUCAUAGAGCUAAGCUUUAUCUUAAUGAAAACUUUAAAUUACUUUUUGGUUUGUGCAUAUUUUUUUAAUUUGUAGUUCUGUAUUAGUACUAGCGCUUCAAGAAAAAAAAGGCAUGAUAAAUAUUUUAACAAGACCAACUUUAGACACAUGAAAGCUGUCUCCCGUCUCAUUUGAGAUGCAAAAGGGAUAACUGAAGUUGUUUAAGUCUUGGGUGGAGAGAAAAAGAAAUUUGCUUUUUACCUUUAUAUUUAUUGUAAUUCCCGAGAAGUUAAGGUGGGGGGAAUCAAGUGCCUGUUUCCUUGGGAUAUACAAUGAUUCUGUUUCAAUAAAACUAUACUUGGGGGAGGGUGGCUUGGAAUUUUCAUCCCCUUUGUCCCCAUUUCCUUUUCCCUCACACCAGACUGCACUGUUUCAAUUAAAUGAGGCUUCAUAGUGAGAGUAAUAGGUAUGUUACUCAAUAAUUUAAUGGCUAUAUACUUUCUUGCAUGCACCCUAGGCAAUUUUCUGGACACAUACUUCUGACUGGGAGCCAAGGGUAGCACAGGUGUAAUCACUGACAGUCCCAGGUAAUGCGUUCCAAAAGCCCAUUCCCCAUGGGCUCUUAAAUAGAGUUCUUGAGCUGUUUCCCUGGCAGAUGUCUGUGCUCAGCUGAGAGCUCAAAGAUAAAGAUAAAACAUGAUCUAGUUGUAUUUUACCGACUAGAAGCACUCCCACAACAUAGAGGGGUACGGUCCUGAGUUCUCACAGGUAGAAUGAUAGUGUGCUACAACUGGAUUUGGUGCAGUGGAGUAGAAAAUACGACCAGUACAUGUGGCUAGCAAUUGUACUUCAUUCUCACUUCUGACCUCCAAAUUAAGGCACUGCAGUCUGUCCUGUCCUCAUCUGAUGUGAAUUCUCUUGACUAUUGCCAGGCCAGUGCUUGCUGUAAAUUCACUCAGAAGAGUAGGGACCCAGUCAAUAAAAGAAAUACUCAGACACUUGGCAAUAUGUAUUGGAAUUACUCACACCUGUUUUCACUUCUGGGUCAAUGUGCAGAAUAAGGUAAAUGCAAUUCCAGUGUAGGAAUGAAUCUGCAAAGAUGUAUGAAAUGGCUUAAGGCAUAAUCAGUCAUAUUAAUAAUGAAUUAUAAUUUUUAAGAAGUGGUAGAAAAAUAAGUGUGUUGUUUGAAAAAAAUUAAACAUAUGUUAUUUAAACGCUGUUAUUGGAGUGUAUUUAGACUGCAGUACGCUAAAACAAGAAACCAGUGUCAAGAUGGUAGCCUCCAAAAUGGAUUUCAAAGUCUGCUUAUUCUUGUCUGUGGAGUUCUGAAAGAUCUCAAAAGUUAAAGCAAGAAUUGGUGGUUUAGUGAA